UCACAUUACCUCACCCGAUAAGGAAACAAGCAGAGAGAGAGAUGCAGCGUGAGAGAGAGAGAAGGUCAGACUGGGAGGAAUUCUCUGGAUGGACGGUGAUGCGCAGAGAGGCAGCUGGCGAUUGGGGGGUUUUCUCCAAUGGUUAAAGGAUCUUGCUGGAAUUUCGGGUACCAAAGAGACUCUGAGAACUCUGGAGAGAAACUUGGAGAUUCUUUAACAGAAUGGUGCAGCUACAGAAAAUAUGACCACUGACUAUAGUAUUUGUUGAGGCUUUGCUUGAGACUACCUGAGUUAUUUGAGCUAUUCUUGGGUAUUUUAGACUAUUAGGAUACUCUAAGAUUAGAUGUAAAGAUGACCUCAAGCUGUAUGUUCUUCAGCGUAUUUACCAUCAUACAUACUGGAUGAUACUUUCAGCACGAUCUACAACACAGAAAAGCCAUUUUCCAUCCAGUCAAUGACAAGAGACGGAACAAAAGUAAAUACAGAUCUCAAGUUCUGGAGUGUUUUCUACACCAUUUCCGUAGCAUCAAUGGCGGUAAAUCCUCUGGAAGGUCUCAUGUCGGUUGCAGCAAACCACCAGCUGGUCUCCAGCUCGACAGCUGAGCCACAGAGGCAGCAGCAUCGUGCAGCCAGAAGCCCAGCAGACCUGCAUGGACACAGGCAGGGAACAGCUAGCAGCCGUGAGUCAAGGAAGUGGGUGCACACCGUGUGUGAGUCCAGAUCAAACUUUGGGUCUGGUUUUAGGUCUGCAGUCUCGUCCAGGACACUGAGGAGUCAGCACUCCCCAGAAAACGCAGCAAGAGAAAGAAGCCGCGUACGCAACCUGCGACAGGCCUUCCACAGCCUGCAGGCUGCUCUGCCUUCAGUCCCACCAGACACCAAGCUGUCCAAGCUAGAUGUUCUGGUUCUGGCUACCAACUACAUAGCUCACCUUACAGAGACCCUGCACCAGGGAGGGACGCUAGCUGAUCACACCUUGUCUGCCCGGCCGGGUGGAUACCUGCAUCCAGUUAAGAAGUGGCCCAUGCGUUCCCUGCUCUACUGUGGCAGCGUGGGAGACCUGCUUACAAAUGUCCACGCCAAUCAGAUGCUUCCACCUGGAAGGAAGGGGACACACCCACAGACCUCAACCUUGGAAGUAACCAAAGACUGACGGUUGAGCUUGGGACUUAAUCUCCACCACCCUCUUCUCUCCAAAGUUAACCAGCCUUUUUGCUACAGUUCUAUGAACUAAACCGAUUUUCAUUUGUGAUAGCCACCAUCUUGCGGCAGCCGCCAUUACUGUAGUGUCUGUCCAACUGUGACAGCAGCAUAGUUAUGACAGAAUCCCAGCAGUGCUGAUAUGCAGUACAAUGUCACUCCCUCUCCUGUGAUAUUGCAUAAAUAACAAUCUUCAAUUCUCACCUGUGUUGACAAGCUGUUUCCACGCCUGCACUGCUGAAAAUGUCUAGAUCAUUUCACUAGGACUGCCCCUGAAAUCCUCCUGACAUGGUUGUUCACACAUGCAUCUCACAGCGGGAGACUAUCCCUGUCAGACAGGAAGGGGGAUGGGGGGUUUCCUGGGGCAAGACAUGAUGUAAAAAGAACGACCCAGAAGUGGCGGACGAAGCAACAGUUUGCUAUGCCACUGGGCCAAAAAAUACUUUUUCCCAUUAGCUUACAUUGGGAAAUAGACCUUUAUAAAUCAGCAGAUACAUUUUUUAGGUACAUCAACUUCCCGAUUCGAGCACUGAAAUAAACCUUUUAAAAAUAAUGAGGUCCUAAAAGUAAAUAUCAACCCAGGUGGGAAUUAGAGACACAUACCCACACACACUAGGGGCUGCACAGACUAGUCGGCUUUACAGCAGUGUGAUGACAUAAUGCUCAUCAGGAUAGAAAAUCUCAAACUGUGACUGAGCAGGACUAUGUCCGUGAGAUGACACAAACACUGUUUACCUGUCUGUUUACCUUUGCACUCACUUAUAUGGGAGUUGUAGCACACGUGUUAUUGUUGCAUAUUUAAUUGCAGCUGUUGCAACCUGCUCUUUCUUAAUGCGUUAACUGUCUGCUUUCAGUUUCCAUUCAGUUUUACGAAUACAUAUUUCUGCUAUUUGCAAAGCAUUUCCUUCUCCUUUGGUUUUGUUGGUAAAUGCAUCAGUGAGUAGUCGACAUGGACUCGACUGUUAUCACAUGACUGUCCACUUCAAAAAUUGGUCAUGUGACCCCUAACAAACACACACACACACACUCUGUAAGAAACAGGAGGUCACCCAUUUCAAACGUCAGAUAAAUUAUCUUUUUUAACUAAUCCCUUCUGUUGGUUGUUUGUUUAAGUAAUACCGGUAAUAAAGAGCAGGGUGCUCAACCAGCAGCUACAAGGAAAACUGCCACUUUACUCUCUCUGUAGGAGAAGUCAAUAAAAUACUAAAGGCAAGAUGCAGAGUGCCUUUUCGUUUCACUGUAAAUGUUAACAUGUACAGUGUACAUCUGUGCCCUGCAUGUAUUGAAUCACGAGCACACACACAGUCACAGCUACACACCAUGGUAAACACAGAGCACAGAGAGAUUUAGAUUCACCCUCAAUGGAAGUAUCUAUUAAUUUUCCGAGCGUUAGACAGCCGGUUGUCAGGAACAGAUUAAACACAAGAAAAUAAAGGCGGCUGCUCUUGACUAAUACCAUUAUAAAUCACUACAUGCAGGAACAGUGCGUAUCCUUUCAUCUUGAUUUAAAACGUUGUACAGUGUAUUUGGUUGUGCUUUUCAGACGUUACUUUCACUGUAUGUGAGACUUAUGACUCCUGUGUGCUCUUGUUUUUUUUUAAUGUAAAUAUUGGCUGCUCA